AUGGAAUAUGCUGACGGCGGUGCGCUUAAAAACCAUUUGAAGGAAAAUUUCGAUAAGCUUGCUUGGGGAGAUAAAUACAACUUGGCAUUUCAGUUGUCUUGUGCUGUAUUGUGUUUACAUAACGAAGGAAUUGUGCAUCGUGAUUUGCAUUCCGGCAAUGUAUUAAUUCAUCAAGGUGUCAUUAAACUAGCUGACUUUGGAUUAUCGAAAAGAAUUGAAGCGACAACUAAUCAGUCAAAAACUUUUGGAGUAAUUCCUUAUGUUGACCCAAAAAUUUUUUGCAGACGAAGAAAUGACAAUACAUCACCACAAUUCAAACUCAACGAAAAAAGCGACGUUUACAGCGUUGGCGUUCUCAUGUGGGAGAUGUCGAGCGGUCGACCUCCUUUUUAUAUUAAGAAUGAAGAAUACGACCUAAGUUUAGCUAUCGAAAUUUUGGGAGGACUUAGAGAAACGAUCAUUCCUGGCACACCCGAAGAUUAUGUGAAGAUCUACACUGGGUGCUGGGAUAAUGAGCCAGAUAAUCGUCCAUCAAUGAAUCAAGUAGUUGAUAAAUUAAAUGCAAUUGAGAAAAUUCUCAAAUUAUUCGAUUUGAUCAAAUGA